AUGCAUAUUUUCAGACUAAGAAAAGAAACUAUUGCUGCACAACAGUAGGAAUGGCAGUGCAGUUUAGUAAUCUAUGGUGGUAGCCAACCAGCACUGUCAAGCGUAGAGGCGGGGCAGUCUACUAGCCAGCACUCUAUGUUGUCACUUGGUUGUCUGCAAAGUUUUCUGUAGGAGGCGUGCGUACUUCGGAGAUAUAUCAUGGGGGCAGUAACUGAUGACGAAGUUAUUCGAAAACGUCUCCUCAUUGAUGGCGACGGGGCUGGAGACGACCGACGAAUUAAUGUGCUCCUCAAAAGCUUCACAAAAUGGUGCAACUCAACUGGCUCACCUGAAGAGGGAGUAAUCCAGUACCAGAGGAUGUUGGGCACCUUGUCGCAAUGUGAAUUUUCAAUGGGGAAGACUCUACUAGUGUAUGACAUGAAUCUCAAGGAAAUGGAAAAUUAUGAAAAGAUUUAUAAAGAUAUAGAGCAAAACAUAACAUCAGCCCAUGACAAAAUCACAGACUGCAAAAAGGAGAUUCAGCGGGCUAAAAGAAUACGGAAAAAUCGCCAAGAGUAUGAUGCUUUAGCAAAGGUUAUUCAGCAGCAUCCAGACCGCCACGAGACGCUGAAGCAGCUUGAAGCACUCGACAAAGAACUUCAGCAGCUUUCACAGAUUAAAGAGAAUGUUGAAGAUAAGUUGGAGCUGCGGAAGAAGCAGUUCCAUGUCCUUCUUAGUACUAUCCAGGAACUACAGCAAACACUGGAGACUGACGAAAAGUCCGAGAAUGAUGAUACCCAGGAGAGCUCGAUGGAUAACGGUGACUGAUUGCUGCUUGCCAUGGCUAAUGAUCAUGUGUUUACUGAAGUCCAUUCCCCUGCAGCCCACCCAGGCCUUUAGAAUGGGUUCCUGCUUUUAUUUCUGUUUAUUUUUAUGUGCUGUGAAAUGCAUUGUUAACAUUAAAUGUUUUGAAAAGUUUUCAAACUUUUGAA